GUAAAAUCCCAUACAAGGAUAAAGAAACUGAUACUAUAGAACUCCCUGAUGAUAUUAUAUUUACCUCUGCCUCUAUACAAGAUCUUAUAAAUUUUGUAUAUCCUAAUAUAAACUCUCAUAUUCAAGAUGAGAACUACUUCGUAGAACGCGGAAUUCUUGCACCUACAAAUUCUAAUAUAGAUAUGAUUAAUGAUAAAAUUCUAAACUCCUUUUCAGAUAAUAAUAUA